CUGCGCUUACCGUAGUCAGAGGAAGCGGAAGCAGGAAGAAGGAAUAAAUAUGCCAUUUCAGAGCAACGAAUAAAGAAUAAAGAGGCGAAAAACAGCACCGACAACGUUUUAAUUAUCAAAAAAAGGGAGUUCGCUUCAGAAUAGAGACGUACGAUGGCCUCCGGCGACGGCAUCAAGAUCCCGAGCCGCCUGCCGCUGCUGCUCACCCACGAGGGCGUGCUGCUGCCGGGCUCCACCGUCCGCCUCAGCGUGGACUCCCCGCGGAACAUGCACCUGGUCGGCGAGCGGCUGCUGCGGGGCACGUCGCUCAAGAGCACGAUCAUCGGAGUGAUCCCCAACACCCGGGACCCGGAGCACGACACCGACGACCUGCCCGGCCUGCACAAAAUCGGCACAGCGGGGAUCGCGGUACAGGUGGUGGGCAGCAACUGGCCCAAGCCCCACUUCACCCUCCUCAUCACCGGACUGUGUCGCUUCAGUGUGUCGAGUCUGCUGAAGGAGCGGCCGUUCGUCCUGGCAGAGGUGGAGCAGUUGGACAAACUGGAGCAGUACACGACUCCUGCAACGCAGGGAGUCACCGCCGCUGACGGCGAGCUGGGGGAGCUGUCCGAGAAGUUCUACCAGACCGCCGUGCAGUUAUUAGGUAUGUUGGACAUGUCUCUUCCAGUGGUGGCCAAGUCCAGGCGUCUGCUGGACAGUCUGCCCAGGGAAACCUUACCCGAUGUGGUCGCCUCCAUGAUUCGCACCUCAAACAAGGAGAAACUACAGGUCUUGGACGCGGUGAGCUUGGAGGAGCGCUUCAAGACGGCCCUGUCCAUGUUGACCAGACAGAUCGACGGACUAAAUCUACUGCGGAAGACCAGGAAGAAGAGUCCCGAUAAUGAGAAGGGGGUGUUGUCGGUGCGUAAAGGCGGCGUGUUCCCAGGCCGUCAGUUCAACCUGGAUGAGGAGGAUGAAGAGGAUGGAGAUGACGCCGCCGCCCUGCAGAGGAAGGUUCACGGGGCGAACAUGCCUGAAGCCGCACUCAGAGUUUGUCUGAAAGAGCUGAAGAGAUUGAAGAAGAUGCCUCAGUCCAUGCCUGAGUAUGCCCUCACCAGGAACUACUUGGAUCUGAUGGUGGAGCUGCCAUGGAGUAAAAACACUAAAGACUGCCUGGACAUCCGAUCUGCUCGCACGCUGCUGGACAACGACCACUAUGCCAUGGACAAGCUGAAGAGACGCGUCCUGGAGUACCUGGCAGUCAGGCAGCUCAAGGCUUCGCUCAAGGGCCCCAUUCUUUGCUUCGUGGGGCCACCGGGGGUCGGCAAGACCAGCGUGGGCCGCUCCAUCGCCAGGACUCUGGGCAGAGAGUUCCACCGCAUCGCCCUGGGAGGCGUCUGUGACCAGUCGGACAUCCGAGGGCACAGGCGUACGUAUGUGGGGAGCAUGCCGGGCCGCAUCAUCAACGGUCUGAAGACGGCGGGCGUGAACAAUCCCGUCUUCCUCCUGGACGAGGUGGACAAACUGGGAAAGAGCCUGCAAGGAGACCCGGCGGCCGCUCUGCUGGAGGUCCUGGACCCAGAGCAGAACCACAGCUUCACUGACCACUACCUCAACGUGGCCUUUGACCUCUCCCAAGUGCUCUUCAUCGCCACGGCAAACACCACGGCGACCAUUCCCCCGGCGCUGCUGGACAGGAUGGAGUUGCUGCAGGUACCAGGCUACACCCAGGAGGAGAAGGUGGAGAUCGCUCAACGUCACUUGAUCCCAAACCAGCUGGAGCAGCACGGAUUAACACCUCAACAGCUGCAUAUACCACAGGACACCACGCAGGGUAUAAUAAGCAGGUACACCCGGGAGGCGGGGGUUCGCUCCCUGGAGAGGAAGAUCGGGGCGAUCUGCCGAGCCGUGGCCGUGAAGGUCGCCGAAGGUCGCCGGGUCACCGAGACCGAGGCCUCGAUGCCCGAGAAACCGUCGGAGCGAGGAGACAAGGCGGCGCCCCCGGAGAUGCCCAUCGUGAUCGACCACAUCGCCCUGAAAGACAUCCUGGGACCUGCGCUGUUUGAGAUGGAGGUGUCCGAGCGGUUCACGCUGCCCGGCGUGGCUCUGGGCCUGGCCUGGACGCCGCUCGGCGGGGAGAUCAUGUUCGUGGAGGCGAGUCGGAUGGAGGGCGAGGGUCAGCUCACCCUGACCGGUCAGCUGGGGGACGUCAUGAAGGAGUCCGCCCACCUCGCCAUCAGCUGGCUGCGGGCGAACGCCAAAACCUACCAGCUGACCAACAUGGUGGGGGGUCCGGAUCCUCUAGACGGGACGGACAUCCACCUCCACUUUCCCGCCGGAGCCGUCACCAAGGACGGCCCCUCCGCCGGCGUUACCAUAGUGACCUGCCUCGCUUCGCUGUUCAGCGGCCGAUUGGUCCGAUCAGACAUCGCCAUGACGGGAGAGAUCACCCUGAGGGGCCUGGUGCUGCCGGUGGGCGGGAUCAAGGACAAGGUGCUGGCGGCCUACAGGGCCGGGGUGAAGCGCAUCAUCCUGCCCAAGCGCAACGACAAGGACCUGGAGGAGCUGCCGGCCAACAUCCGGGCCAAGCUCGACUUCGUCACCGCCACGAAUCUGGACGAGGUGCUGAACGCCGCCUUCGACGGCGGGUUCCCGCGGACGACCGGCGAACAGGCACUAACUCAGCUGAGCAGCAAACUGUAGCGUAACUAACACACGCACAAACCGGAGGACUGGGUGGACUGACUCAAGCACUGUGAUUCAGAUAAUCAGCAGAUGAUUUACCAGUUUCCUGUAAUUUGCAGAUUUUGGAAUGUGUUAUGCAGAUUUCAAUUUUUCGACUAACCACAGAACGGUUGGUUUUGAGAAUGUGUAUUGUAAAAUAAGAUUAUAAGAUAAUAAUACUUGUAAGAGGUUUAUAUGGAUGUUGUCUCAUCACAUGUAAAACUUCUUAUUGUGUCACAGGGCUGUAAUUCUACUGAAGUGUGGACGAAAGACUAAGAUUAUUAACACAAAAGAUUGGUGGUGUAGCAAACAUUAUUAAUUUUAAAAUGCAAUACAGUGAUUUCACACUAAGCCAAGAUGCACUUGUGGUAAAUAACUUCAAAAGAAUCGGAGGUGAAUUAAAUAUGUUUGAAAACAACAAAAAAUUAUUCUGUAUUGAUUUUAUUUGCAGUGUAUUUUCCUUCUCUGUUCGAAUAUGAUACCAACAAUACUAAUACAUUUCAUUUAUAGAGCACUUUUCAUUGCUAAAAGCGCUAUGAUUUAUAAAAACUAAGAAAAUGUAUAUUUUGUCCAUCCAUAGAGCUUCACUACGUACCAUCAGUGUAUAACAUGUGGAUUUGUGAAGGCAUAAUUAUAAUGAAUAUGACCCUUCUGAAUAUGACACUAGAAAUGUGAAGAUUCCUUCAGUAUUUAAACAUUGUAAACAUCAUCUUUUUUAAAAUCGUGUUGGGAUGUAAUAAACACCAGAACCUCCA